GUGUGCCUCUAACUAGAAUUAGGGUCGUAACUUCCUAUGAAGAUGUUUGCCUCUGCGAUCAUAUUCCAAAACUUCCUGAUGGAAAGCAAACAGCUUUAAGAUUUGCAGACCAGCAGGACUGCACAGCCCUGUCCUCGUGCCCUCAUAAGGAAAAGCUACAGCCAUCUGGCACAGUCUUGGAAAUCCUGCCAGAAAAAUGUCUGAAGAUUAUCUGCGUAAACGGAUCUGCGACACCACGACUCUACCACGGAGAGAAAACGUGCGGAUGUUGUGAGUUCCGGGGGGCGCUCUACCCCCCAGGUAAAGUCUUCCUGGCUGGCUGCGUUAAGAUGGCCUGUGAAGACGGAAGGUGGAAACCAUCUGGAGAGAUAGAGAAGAGAUGUGAGUACUGAAUGGAGGAACGAGUAGUGUG